UUCAAAACGCAUUUUAUUUCGAGAAUUUUUUGUUACUGAAUCUGGGUUUGAUCAAGACAUCCAUUGAUAGUAAAGUGCAUUCAAUUCUAAGAGCAUGCUGAAGAUACUUUUAUUGACGUUAGCUUGCUGUUUCAUAUUUGCUGAUGCUUUGCGAUGUAGUUGUAGAGGAGUAAAAUGCGGAAGUUUACGAUGUGGACCACGCGUUGGCAAAGUUAGAAUUUCGUGCGGAUGUUGCCCUGUAUGCGCUAAGCAAAAAGGUGAUGAAUGCGGAGGAGCAUGGUUUCAUCGAGGAAAAUGUGAUACUUGUUUAGAAUGCGUCAACAAAAAAUGUGUGCAGACGAAAGACGAUGAAGAUUGUAAUCAGGAACACCAACAAAUUCCAGAAGAAUCCACUCUUUUUGAUUGAAUGAAAUGUCCUUGCAAGAACAUGUGGGAAAUUGUUAGAUUUGUUGUCGAUUUUUUUACUGAUUUUACAAAAGUGGUCUAAUAAAGU